AUCACAUGGCACCUUUAGCACAUUUUCUGUAGGAAAGUCGUGUUCGGUCCUAGACAGUGACAGGGAAACCUAGACGUAGCCGAAAUGAGGUCCUUCUUCGUCUUCGCCGUUCUUAUUGCUGUCGUCUUUGGAGAACCAACAGUCUACUUCAAAGAUGAAUUCCUAGAUGACAGCUGGUCUGAAAACUGGGUACAGUCAUCCCACAAAGAUGAUUACGGCAAGCUUGUCUUGUCUGCAGGGAAAUUUUAUGGCGAUGCCGAAAAGGACAAAGGUCUCCAGACUUCACAGGAUGCUAAAUUUUACAUGUCGUCCCGAAAGUUUGAUGAAUCAUUUAGCAAUGAAGGAAAGACCCUUGUCAUUCAAUUCCAGGUGAAACAUGAACAGAAGAUUGACUGUGGUGGAGGCUAUGUCAAGGUGUACCCAGACACUGUCAAUCAGAAAGACUUGCACGGCGAUGCACCAUAUCAUAUUAUGUUUGGCCCAGACAUCUGUGGACCAGGCACUAAGAAGGUGCAUGUCAUCUUCAACUACAAGGACAAUAACCUUCUCAUUAACAAAGAUAUCAGGUGCAAGGAUGAUGAGUUUACUCACCUGUACACACUCAUCGUGAAACCAGACAACACCUAUGUCGUCAAGAUCGAUAAUGAGAAGGUGGAGAGUGGUGAACUAGAGAAGGACUGGAGUUUCCUCCCGGCCAAGAAGAUCAAGGAUCCUGAUGCCAAGAAGCCAGAAGAUUGGGAUGAUCGUGAGAAGAUGGACGACCCAGAUGACACGAUGCCCGAGGACUGGGAGCAGCCAGAACACAUUGCUGACCCUGAUGCCGAGAAACCCGAAGACUGGGAUGAUGAGAUGGACGGAGAGUGGGAAGCCCCGAUGAUCGACAACCCAGAUUACAAGGGAGAAUGGAAGCCAAAACAGAUUGACAACCCCAACUAUUCUGGCAAGUGGACACACCCAGAAAUUGAUAACCCAGACUACGAAGAAGAUUCUAACCUCUACAAAUAUACCAACAUUGGUGCAAUUGGCCUUGACCUGUGGCAGGUGAAAUCGGGGUCGAUAUUUGAUAACUUCCUCGUCACAGACGAUGAAGAGUUUGCCUCUAAAUAUGCAAAGGAAACAUUCGAAGCGACCAAGAAGGCUGAGAAGAAGGUGAAGGAUGCACAAGAUGAAGAGGAAAGAAAGAAGAGGGAAGAGGAGGAGGCGAGACGAAAGGAUGAGGAGGGAGACGAGGAUGAGGAUGAAGAUGAUGAGGAGCAAGAUGAAGAUGAAAUUGAAAAGGACGAGGAGGAGGAGGAGGAGGAGGACGAUGAGGAUGAAGAGAAGCACACACACGAACAUGACGAAUUUUAGAUCUCUCCACUUCGACGACUCUGCAUCAUCUCGUCUGGAAAGCUUUCAACUAUUAAGUUAUUACCAUCUAUAAUUAUCAUGUAUGGAUCUUUUAUGGGGUGGGAAGGGUUUUUGAAAAUAAAUUGAAUCCGUUUUGGAGAGCAUGUUUAUGGACUUUGUUCGGCCGGGCUAGCAUAUUCAAAAGAUUUCAAUGCAAUAAUUGCAUUAAUUAGAUGUAACUUUUGGUCUGUGUACAAUUCGUCGACAUUCAGUCUAAUCUGUACUAGGCUAUAACUAUGAGACGGUUGUUGUUUUUAUGUUUUGAAUAAGAAUUGCUACAGAUAAUGUAGCAAAGUUGUAAAGUUUUAUUUCACGGCAAUCGAGGGAUUUGUUUUUGUACGUGCAUGUGCGUGUCCUUAGCUGCCCUGUCUGUGGUCGGAGAUUUAUAAGUAAAAGUAAAUGUGUUGGCAUUGAUACUGGCUGCCACGAUCUUGAUGUAGUGUCAUGCAGAGAUAUGCGACGCUGUUUAUAAACUGCAGAUUCUAUUGUACAUCUACAGAGUUGUGCAAGUGAUUAGCGGGUACACGCAGCUGAUCUCUGGACCUGGCCCUAUAGAUGGCGCGCGCGUCUUUGCAUGCCAGUGUCAUUGCUAUAACGAAUUCGGUGUGUGGUUUUUUGGCUGUGGUGUGAAGACUGUACUAUGCAACAUUGUCGUUUCAUUCCUAGGAAACGAGUAGGUUGUAAUGUGGUGUACGUAAACGCUGUUGUUCAGGAAGUCAUUGUCUUUGCAUUUUGAAAUAAAAAUGGUACACACUGGUGUAAAUACUAUUUCCUACA